GGGCAUGGCCCCCUUCCCGUCACGCCCUUCAACCUGGAGCUCAGCGCGACCAGCGUCCUGGGCGCGGCGGUAGGGACUCUGGCCCUGCCCGACACGCUGGCGCCAGCUCCCUGCCCCGCCGCGCUGGCCGCGCUGCCCGCCGCUGCCGCAUCGCCAAUCGGCGGCGGCCUCGGCGCGCUAGCCGCCGCGCUCGGGGGCGGAGCUCCUGCGCCCGCGGCGGCCGCGGCUGCCCCCGCAGGCGCCGGUGGGGCCCUCGUCCCCCCCGCGGCGGCGGCAGCGGUCGGUGACCCCCGCGCGAUGGCCCUCGUCCUCGACGGGCGGGGCCUGCGCGACUUGAGCUUCGGCGACGCGCUCAAGCUCCAGACCGAGACGGUCCGCGCCGACUGGCCCGUGAAGGGACCCAGGACCUUGCUCUGGGUGCUCGGUUUCAUGCAGCGCAUGGCUGACGGGUUCAUGGCCUGGCACACCUCUUGGUCGGCAAUGACGAAGCUCGGCGAGCACGACGAGAGCGCCAAGCUCCGCGAGACAAUGCGCCGUGUGAUCGAGACCGCGCUGUGCCACGACCAGAUCGCGAGGUGCGAGCUCGCCCCCCUCGAAUACCUGGCUCGCCAGCUCCAGCUUGGCGAGGGGCGGGUCUGCGAGGAGCCUGCGCGGAGGAUGCAGCCAGCGCCGAAGGCGAGGGCGCAGGCGAAGGAGGCCAACCCGAUCGACUUCGCCUCGGAGGUCGGGCACCUCCUCGGCACUGGCGAGACGAAGGGCAACCUGUGCGUCAGUCCUGCCCUGAUGGACUGGAUGGGCCUCGCGAGCACGCCGUUCCUGCUCGAGAGCCUGGUCAGCUACGCCCAGAGCCCCUCAGGGCCCCGCCUGGUCUGGAGUCGCCCAGACGCGGCGACCAUCGCCAGCGCGGGCUGGAGGGAGUGGUGCAACGAGGGGUUGACCGCUAUCCACUGGCUCCACUGCGGCAAGGACGAGCUGAGCGAGCCCAGGGACAGCGCGCACACGCCCGCGGUGCAGGCAGCCUCUGCGGAGUACCUUGCUGACCAGCAUCGCGAGUUUGAGCUGCCCGCCGCCAACUCGGAGAGGGGCAGCGCCUGCGAAGCAUCCCCUGUGCAGACGCUCGCUCCGGCACCUGGCUACGCCGGCGACAGCGGUCGGGUGCGCCCCUACAGCAAGCCUCUCGCGGCCUGGCCCGAGUCGACGAAGGCAGUCUCCACCUCCGACGUCGUCGCCGAGGCCGACUCCAUCGUGCUGCAGGGCUGGAGGCAGAGUAUGCUGAAUCCCGAGUCGGUCGCGGCGGCCUCUUUUACAACCGGCUUGUUCUUUGCGGGGAAAUCCAACCACAUGCUCGGGCUCGCAUUCGACACUCGGUUGGCCAACUGCAGCUUUGCGGCGCCGCCAGCCACAAGGCUCCCCGCGCCCAGCGCGCGGGCCAGCGCCGACCGCGACGACAGCAUUGUGUUCGCUUAG